CGGAAAAGUGCGUAAAGCUUUUCCAUUUAUUUAUUUUGUUUUGUUUUGGUUUUGUUUUUCAACAAAUUUCGCGCGCUUGGGCGUUAACUCUGAACGCUUGUCAGAAUGACUACCAAAAUGGCUAUAAAUGCAAAGGAUAUUUUCCGCAAUCAGCAUCGCUUGAUCCGCUUCAUUGAGCAGUCGAUCAGGCUGUGCAGCAAUCAGUCGCUGAAGACGGCACAGCAGCAGCAUCAGAAGAGCAAUGCCACAGCCGAUUUCGAGAUCAGCGCCUCGGUCAACACAGAGUACACACACGCCCCGGAGCCGAUCAAGCACGACAAGGACUUGGGGCAACAGUUCAAGGCGUCACAGCUGGCUGUGCGCCUGGCCACGCCCCAACAGCUGCAGCCCAAGCCGGACAACGACGAGGAGCUGGGCUUCGGCAAACUGUUCACAGAUCAUAUGCUCAAGAUCUACUACCACAAGAGUCUGGGCGGCUGGCAGAGGCCGGAGAUAACGCCGCUGGAGAAUCUAGUUAUGCAUCCAGCUGCCAAGGUGCUGCACUAUGCCGUUGAGCUCUUUGAGGGCAUGAAGGCCUACCGCGGCGUCGACGGCAAGAUACGCAUCUUCCGGCCGGACAUGAACAUGGCCCGCAUGAACUUGGCCGCCCAGCGGUCCGGCCUGCCCACCUUCGAGGGCAAGGAGUUUGUCAAGUGCCUCGCCCGUCUGCUCUCUAUCGACUCCGAGUGGGUGCCACACACAGAAGCCGCCAGCCUCUAUAUCCGACCCACCCUGAUUGGCAUCGAUCCCACGUUAGGCGUCGCCUCAUCCGACUCGGCGCUGCUCUACUCCAUACUCAGCCCGGUGGGCAGCUACUUCAAGACUGGCAGCAAUGGCGCUGUCUCCCUGCUCGCCGAUCCCCGAUACACGCGCGCCUGGCCCGGCGGCGUGGGCAAUCGCAAAAUGGGCUCCAACUAUGCACCCACCAUCAACGUACAAAAGGAGGCGGCCGCCCGCGGGCUCCAGCAGGUGCUCUGGCUCUACGGCGAGGACCAUCAGCUCACCGAGGUGGGCACCAUGAACAUCUUCAUGUUCUAUGUCAACGACCAAGGAGAACAAGAACUGAUUACCCCGCCGCUGAAUGGUCUGAUACUGCCCGGCAUCACGCGCGACUCCAUCCUGUCCAUGACCAGACAGUGGGGCAAGUUCAAGGUGCGCGAGGGCGUCAUCACCAUGUCCAUGGUCACGGAACUGCUCAACCAGGGACGCCUGGUGGAGCUGCCCAGCGAUGUGGUUGAGGCACAGACCGAGCGGACAGAAACAGGCGGACUGGAACCGGUGGCAGCGGAGAUCGCAUCGCCAGAGCUGAUCGAGGAGCAUGUGGUUGAGCAGCCCAUGGAGCAGUCUGUGGAACAAGCUCAGCUGGAGGCCAUGGCAGAGGCGACUACCGAGGCAGUUCAGCAAGCCAACGAGGAGGCGCAGGCCGAUGAUGAACUGGUGGCCGAGGACAGCACGCCAGCUGCCACAGAUGAGCAGAACAGCCCGGCUGUGCCAGUGGAGCAGCAGGUGGACUCCGAGGCAGCUGAAUCUCAGCCAGAAAUCGUGGAGCAACAGGACUCCCAGCCGGAGCCAGUUGCAGUCGCUGAGAACGAAGUGGACACCACCGAGGCAUCAUCCAUGCUGGAGACCAUCUCGGCGGAUAUUGAGCAAGGCCUGAGUGCAGCCAUGAGCGAGCUGCUGCCCGAGGAGCUGAACGUGACCGAAGCCGAGGAGCAGACCCAGCAGGACGAGCAGUCAAUCAGUCCAGCUGAGGAGACACCAGCAGAGCAGCCAGUCGAAGAUUUCGAAACACAAACGGAUGCUGCUGAGCCGAUAAUGGAGACAGCCACGGAACAGUUAAUCGAGGAAGCCAUGCCAGUGGCUAGUGAUGCCGCUGAAGAGCAACAAGCGCCAGAGGAGAGCCAAAACGAUGGCGAAACAUUAGUGGAGGAACCAGUGGCAACUCCAGCUGAAAUUCCCGCAGUUGAAACCCCAGCUGAAACUCCAGCUGAAAUCCCCGCUGAAGUCCCCGCUGAAAUUCCCGCUGAAGUCCCCGCUGAAAUCCCCGCUGCAGUCGCAGUCGAAAUUCCAGCUGCUCCUCAACCAGAGCCCGAGCAGUCGAUCCUGACCACGAUCAUACCCGCCGUAGUGCCGCAGACACCCCAGCGCGAGUCGGAGCCCAUUCAGGUCGUGGACAGCGUGUUGAACUAUGUGAAUGCCUCAUUCAUACAGCAAGAUCCGUUGCCAGACAUGGACGCGGAGCAGGAGUCGGCCACAGAGAGUGCAUUCAAUGCACAGUUGAGACGCUACGAUGGAGCACAGCUGUGGCGUAUUGUGGUGCAAACGGACAAGGACAAGAAGCUGGCCGACGAGUUGCAAACGAAAUACGAUGGACAGCUUUGGAAGGAGGUGAAACAGGAGGUAGACUACCUGCUGAAGCCACAGGUGCUGGCCGCUGCUGAGCGUCACAUACGCGCCGCAAAUCUAUCGCGCAUCGUGCUGAUCGAUAACCUGCAGCAGGUUAUCGAAGUCGAGAAUCCGCCCGCUGAACAAAUCGCCGAGCUCCAGAAUCGCAAGGGACACCGGCUCACCUGGCAGGCAUAUCAUCGCUUGGAGGACAUUCAUGGCUUCAUUGAUUAUAUGGCCAAAACCUAUCCGGACAUUUGCUCCACCGAAACGAUUGGCUACUCCGUGGAGAAGCGCCCGCUCAAGAUUCUCAAGAUCUCAAAUGGCAAUGCUCGCAAUCCCAGCGUCUGGAUCGAUGGCGGCAUGCAUGCCCGCGAAUGGAUCAGUCCGGCCACUGUCAGCUACAUAGCCAAUCAGCUGAUCGAGGGCUGGGAGGAUCUGCCCGACCACAUGCGCAACAUUAACUGGUACAUCCAUCCGGUGGCCAAUCCCGAUGGCUACGAAUACUCUCACACAACGGAUCGCCUGUGGCGCAAGAACAUGCGCUCCCAUGGACGUCAAUGUCCGGGCGUCGAUCUCAAUCGCAACUUCGGCUACAAGUGGGGCGGCAAGGGCACCUCGGCCAGUCCCUGCUCCCAGACGUACCGUGGCAGCAAGGCCUUCUCCGAGCCGGAAACGUUCUACAUUUCGAAAUUCAUUAGCGGCUUCCCUCGCGACACCUUCCAGGCGUAUCUCUCGUUCCACAGCUAUGGCCAAUACAUACUCUAUCCAUGGGGCUAUGACUAUCAACUAACCAAGGAUCGCGCCGAUCUAGAUCGCGUGGCACGCCAAGCGGGCUCGAUCAUCACCAAGUCUUCGGGCGUCAAGUAUACUGUAGGAUCGUCGGCUACGACGCUUUAUCCCGCUGCCGGUGGCUCUGAUGACUGGGCCAAGGGCAUUGCGGGCAUCAAGUACGCCUACACCAUUGAGAUGGGCGACACCGGUCGCUACGGCUUCGUCCUGCCCGCCAAGUUCAUUCAGAACAACGGCAAGGAUGGCUACACCUUUGCCGACACCCUCGCUCGCGCCAUCAUUCAGGGUCGCUCGAAGGAUGCCCGCAGCAGCACCCGCAGCAUCCGUCGCCGCGUUCGCUAGUUGCCUUCCUCCUAGACUUAGCUCAAUAU